UCCAACAGACCACACAAGCCACAAGCGUAGAUAGGGAACAAACGCAGAUGUACACUCGCACAAACGCGCACAGAUAGAGGCGUAUUCAUAUUUCGUCACGUCAGCCUACAACAAUAACAAGUGGUUUCUAUUGGAGCAGUUACGCUCCGUGCAUUGUGUCCUGUCUACCUGCCUGACCGCGUGCACUAGUGAGCCUCCUUUCUCCCCGCAAGCCACUGGAUUUUCUCUCUGGAGGUCUGUGCGACAUCUCAGGUUGACAUUCACAUUCCAGCAAACUUGGUUGACUGACUGUAUUGCCUAGAAGCGUUUUCGUCAGGGGUGCACCCCUGUGAGGGUCGUGUGAAAUUUAGCGCGGAUCGGGCAGCUUACAAGACGGAAGACGACGAGGUUUUCCUCGGAAAAAAUUUUUUCGAUUACAUGUCGAUUUGUCGUGUGCAGAUCUCUAACUAGCAAAUGCAGCGCUAACAUUUGGUGUACAAGAAGGACAAAAGCCAUAACGACAACUUAGGUGAUAUCGCACUAGGAGGGCUUAUGCGACAGAAGGGCCACGGAAGAUCCAAGAUUAAUCAAGAAGUUUUAAGUUUUUACUAAACUGUGCAGUGUACGCCAUCAUAGCGUGUUGGUCAUCUUUGUCGGCCUUAUGCCAAGAGCAAGACCCAAAGUUCACUUUGAUGGGUGGCAGCGAUUAUAGUGAGAUAAAUUUUUAGGACUAGAGGUUUACUGGAGAACCGCAAGCUUGAGGAGGUUAGGACACCUUUCAUGGCUCGUCGCUGCCAAAGGUGCAAGCGGAACCUCUCAUUGUGAGUGGACAUUCGUAGGGGCUGAGUUCUCGUGUAUAGGAUUCUACAUAACUAUAGAUUGCUUCUGAACGGUACUUAUCCAAUCUGAUUUACUAUUUGAGAGCCGGGAUGAAAGCUUACGGGACCCAUUGGCCGCUGCACAGAUGUCUUGCUGCUGCAUUCAGAUUGCUUUUUUCAACAGUAGCGUCCGCAGCUCAGUAUAUUUCACCAAGAAGCUUCCAAACGUUGUUUCUCCUGGUAACCUUUUUCGGUUGUUUGGGUUUGGUGGCUCAGGGAGCCGUAGACCAUAAGGAAGCCCAUGGGCAUAUCACGGCGAUUGCCCAGAGUUCCGACAAUGUUACCAUGCACGUACAAUCUUCACGCCAUCGCCAUACGAUCCUAAUUAACGGAACUGAAGUAAAAUGCGGCCCCGCUGCCAUCGAAGAGUUUCCACGUCCGAUUAUUACUCCAAAGAUACGAGAAAACGGAGGAAUUAUCGUCCACAUCACGACUGCCAUUUCAAUGGUUCUCAUUAUAUCGGUACUCUGUAAGGAGUACUUUGUGCCAGCACUGCACUGCAUUAUUAAUUAUCUGGAAGUGGAUCCUGAUGUGGCAGGGGGAACUUUCAUGGCUGCUGCGAGUUCAAUUCCUGCUCUGGUGACGUCCAUCAUUGGAGUCAACGUUGUCGAGAAUGAUCUGGGUUUGUCGACAACCCUCGGUUCCGGUGUACUCAAUGGUGCAGGUGUGCUAUCAAUUUCGGCCCUUUUUGCCAAACGUUCCGUUGAGAUUCACGCGUGGCCCCUUUAUCGAUCAUCAUUCUUCUUUCUUCUCUGUAUGGUGAUCGUGCUUUGUUCACUCAUGGACAGCCAAAUCGACUGGAUUGAGGCUCUCAUCUGUCUGCUAUCUUAUUUGGCUUAUGGCUUAGUAAUGGCAUUCAAUCGAAGACUCGAAAGCGCUUUCAAGGCCAUCACCGGCAUCCAGGACUUUGACGACCCUAUUGAAGGCAAGGGGCAACCAGCGGAAAUUACGACGAUCGAGAGCUAUACCCACUUUAGUGAGAACGAGAUGAAAACAAUCAAAGAUAGCAACGAUCACAAUAUCAUUUCGAAAUUGGACGCAAAUACACUGAAACAAUUUGAGGCUACAAUGAACGCGCAAAAUGGCGGUGCAGGCAGCGCGGAAUUGGUGAUCGAUGAGCCUGUAAUCGACCCGAAGGCCUGGGAAAACCUGAAUAUACCACGAAAGAUAUUCUACGUUGUAACGAAGCCGUUUUCUUAUGUUCUUUCAUUCCUCAUUCCUAACUGUAAAAAACCUGGUUAUGAAAAGUACUACCUCGUCACGUUCAUUCUAUCUGGCGGAUUCAUUGCAGCCUUCUCCUAUAUUCUUGUCUGGAUGAUGGCUAUCAUUGGUUUUACGUUCGGCAUUCCCGACAGCGUAUUGGGACUUACUUUUCUGUCAGUUUCGGUCACACUUCCCGACGUUAUGGCCGCCGUUCUCGUCGUACGUAAAGGCUACGGAGACAUGGCCGUAUGCUAUAUUUUAGGAACAAACAUUUUUGAAGUGUUGGUCGGUCUUGGGUUUCCUUGGUUCAUUCAGACUAUUCUCAUCAAACCUGGCACCACCGUUGAAUUACAGAGUUCAGGUCUGAUUUACUCAACAGCCUGCGUACUUUUCACUGUUUUCCUCGUGCCAGCUUUGACGUAUGCUACCCGUUGGAAAAUGAACAGGACAUACGGUGUAAUCCUUCUUCUGUGGUAUCUUAUUUUUAUGGUUAUCUCGUGUAUGUAUCAGCUCAACGUUUUCGACGAUUCCAACCCUCCCUCGUGCGGCAGUGACUAUUGAGCGAAAACCGUCAUGCCCAUGUCAUUUUGCAUAGAGGAAUCAACACACAGAAUAUUGUUCUGUUGGAUGUUGAUGGUAAAACCUACAGCCGACAUGUUACCAUUUUGUUAGUGUAACCAAGCUAGCAUGCACAAUAGUCUCGAGAGAUUCGCGCCCUCUGAGUGAAUAACACAUAUGUGUAGAAUUGUGCAAGUAACGUGAUCAACAACCUUCAACGUGGCUUUUUGAGGCGAGCUCCGAAUGCGCAGUAGCUAGUCCUACAACGUACUGGCCCCCGGUGAUGCGCUCGUGGAUCAUAAUUUGAUUUACCGUUAAAACGAAAAAAGUUUUAACGGGGAAAUUUUAAAUGUAAAAUUGUAUCAGAUACAAAAUAAACGCGGUUCAUUUACGACAUGAUGAAAAUAAAAGGUUUAACGGAGAUUAUAGGACUACCUACAUACGACAAAAAUUCAGUUGAACAAAAGUUUUACAGGUUCUACCUUUUCCGUAGAACUGCAAGGAACACUUAACGGAAGUGCGUUUGUAAUGAAGCGAUUUAGCUGGCUAGUCCUAACAGUCAAUACGGAAUAAUAAACGAAGUCAAUAGGGUUUUCUGAAAGAAGGAAAGUGAAGACAACAGCAAGGCCGCAUAUUUCCUUUUCGUCGCUCUCACCUUGAAAAGAGUUCAUUUAGCGGGGUUAUGGUGUGUGCAGUCACUGCAAUUUGUUUGUGUUGAGGAAACUAGAAUGUGUGAUUCAAUGUUUUAAAACAACAAAAUUUGAUUAUAAUUAUUAUUUUAAGCUGAUUGUGAUGUGCUAGUUGUGAAUAUGUGCUCUUCGAAGCGGCCGAGUACACUUUUAAAGAAGAAAACUACAACAAAACAUACUGGGUGAUCCAAUCGGAUGAUAGAUUUUGCCGACACAAGAAUCAAUACAAUGAUUACUCUGUUUUCUUACACUAAGUAAAAAAUGACUGAAUAAAAGUAAUAAUACAACGAAGGCAGAUACGUGAAGGGAAACAGACAGUGAGCCUUAUACCGGUCACAAAAAAAAGAAACACAAAAUGUCUAAAUUAUUUUGGUAGUACAAUAUGAAUGUGAUGUGAUUCCAUUCUGCUGGACGGGGCGACUAAUAUCCUAAUCAACUAGAUCAAAACGUACAAUCUUUGUAGAUUUUAGACCUACUUCUAGUUGGAAAGCGCGAAUAUCUACCAGUCCUGUUACAACGUGGAUAUAAUUACGACAGUAACAACAAUAACAGUAAAGGUAAUAUAUUAAUACAAACGAUGCUCGUUUUAAAUGUAAUAGGACCAAGAUGAGUGAAUGACACAAUGAAGUGGUGCUGCGACCAGCCAUUGUACAGAAAGUCAUUAAAUAACGGAUCUAUAUCAAAAGCUUUAUACAGCAGUAGAAAUCGAUAUAGAAAAAGGUUAUAAUAAUAAGAAAAAGCAGAUAAAUAAUGAUAACUAAUAUUAUAAGAAGCGGAUUUUUUUUCCCCAGUAAGUUUAACAUAUGUACAUUUGCACAGAGUUAUUGCAUUUACUUAUUGACGUUAUCUGUCUUCAUGGCAAGCAACUAUUACAUUCUUCGGAAUCACCUGUGCCGCCAAGCGUGCCUUGUUAACAUGUUGUCUAAAUGACUAGAGUUCGUGCAAUUUACUUUCAACUAUUAUAUAAUUCUUUAUUAUUUUAAAGCAUACUCACGAAAAUAAAUCUACGUUUUGUUUGACGUUUUAAAGUCA